AUGCCGGGCAAGUAUUCUCACGCUGUCGUAUUCGCAAAUUACUCCAGUCACGGCGUCAUCGGUCCGCCAAUUGAUCCAGAGUUGAACUACUUCGAUCCUGUCCGGGAUUUAACGCCUGUUCCAAAGCAGGAGAACAUUUCCAGGCCACCAUCAGCUCCUCCAUUCCAUUCCAGAGUGAAAUCAACCCCAACCAAAGCAUCAAGCCGACAGUCUCCUUUUGUGAAUCAACGAGUUACUGAUCCUCAAAUACCCGAAACACAAUCAAUAUAUGAUUACCCUUACUCACUUCAUGGUGUAUCGAACCACAAUGGAAGAAAGGUGAUUGUGGAUUCCGAUGAAGAACCCCCUGAUAGUGGUACCUCCAUCAAGGGUUUUCAGCCUUGUUUACUGAAGUCGUCGCUGCGUCAGCCAACUUCUAAUUUCCUUUUUUCGUCGCCUUUUGAUUCCUAUGCUAGGAAUCCCAAACUAAUCCCCCAACCUGAUUCACCAGACCGAGAAGCAGGACUCCAUGACAAUGCCAAUAUCUCAAAACCAAUUCAAAACUCUCGCAAGUCCAAAGCUCCGAAAAUUGAACCUCGCGAUGAUGUCAAACAUUUUGCAAGACAACUUUAUCACCAAAGGCAUCUGGAAAACCUUCCCCCUAAUUUAGCCAAAAGCCAUGCCGAAUCUCUUCUUUCCAUUCAACAAUUCCUCGAUUCUUCUCAUCAUGCCAACAAUUGGAAUUCGGCAGAUAGUCGACGCUCAUUCGCCCGGCAGUCCACGUCAGGAAAUGGACGAUUGACUGCACCACCGACUUCGUUGCCGGGGACACCAAAGACGACAGUGCAGAAGAACCGCCUUGACCACUCUGCUAGCCGUGGGGCUCCUAGCUUCAUCGAUUCCUUUGAUGACGAUGAUGAUGCUGUUAAUCAGAGUUCCUUUACACCAGCGCAGACUAUCGCGCCUGUUUCCAUGACAUCCAAUAAGGGUGCCCUGGAUCAGAAGGCAAAUCCUUUGGCAAAAUCCCUUCCCAAUGAAUCGAUUCAGCAAGUGCAGAACGACACACUAAGACGACGACGAAUCAACAUUAAUUUCCACCACCCAAACACCAGACACAAGUCUACAGAGGGUGAUGGCACUGAUGGAAUGGGGACUCUCCCACUUCAAAGUCAAUCCCCUCUCCACAAAACUCCAUCCAGAGACAUAAAGCGACCAUUCUUACCACAUAAAUCUCUAUUUAAUACUCCUGACGACCAGCUCAGUCCUCUGCCUCAGUUUCAAUCACCCGAAUCCAUGACACGAGGCACCGGUGCGUCGAGUCUGGAUGCUGAUUUUUCAAAUGUAUCGGAUCGAGACGAAGACGACUUCAGCAGUCCAAUGACAAAUAUUUACGUUCACAGACGAUGCUACCGAACCGUGGACAAAGAUAUCCCAAGGAACGAACCACGACCUCGAAUUUCCACUAGUUCGUCAAGUUCAAGUUGCCAAGGAAAGAAGACAGCCCAGAUAUUCUCUCAACCUCCUUCGCAAGAGCCACAACGACAGGCAGGAACGAGAACUCCGGAACCCAGAAAGCAUACUCCGAUAAUUCAACCAGCUCGGGGCCCGAAUCGAGUUAAACCUGUCAACCCAAUGCCCAAUUUUGGCAUGCCAUCUAUCAUACGGGGUCCCGAGAAAAGCACCAUCUUUAACCCUCAGAACACAACACGGGCAAAUCAAACCCUUCCAUCCUCUCAGCAGAGGCUUCUUUCUAAGCGGCCACAAAGGUUGCAGCCGUCACCGUUGAUCGAUUGCACAACAAGGGAUCCCCGUCGCCCAAGGUCCCAAAAGUCAGACAAAGCGGCGGAAUUACUAGGGACGGAGCCAACAUUGGAAAAUUGGUGGCUGCCGAACGUUCAGGUGACGAAGAAGAGCGAAUUUGGCGCCGAGGGUUUGGAAUCGGUUGCGAAUGAGCAGAACGGACUCCAUGCGCAGAGGGCCCGUUUGGGUAUCCAUAAUGAAAAUCAGACCGAGUCUCAAUCGCAACGAGUUUCACGUACGCAGGUCGAGGCUGCGGACCGCGCCAUGGAAACCGAUCUUGACAACUGCUCCAUCUCGUCUUCUCAGAAAGACGAAGACAUGCACAACGACUAUGUCGAUGAAGAUGGCGAUGAGGACGACUUGGGGGAAGAGGCAGAAGCAGCCCUCCCACCCCCAGAUAUAUCCCGCUAUCGCGCUUCUGGCUCCUCCUCUGACGCGGACAAUGGCAUGCAGACCAUCUUCCAGGUCCUUCACGCCGGUCCAGAUGCUAAGAUCUCGAAACAUGGCCAAUCUAGGACCAGUGGCGGUGGGAUUGAUCGGCUAGAAGCCAUGCUCCGCGAACAGGAAAAGAAGACAAAGAAAAAGAAAGACGGCGCCAAAGGUGUUCUGGACAGGUUAAUGGGCCGGUCGUGA